ACAUAAAAGGGGGGUUAAUGAUGCCCCUCCCCCUCGCACACACGGGCUACCAUAAACUGUAAAGCACGCGCACAAAUAUUCCUAGUAAGAAGGUGAAGGUGAGGCAGAAACUCACAGCUAAAGAGUUCACGGCUAAGAAACCAUGGCACAAGAGUUGUUGAGAGCCCGGCUUGGCCUCAUCCAGGGAGUAUCUGACGGUCUCCUAAAGGAUCUUACUGAUUGUCUCAGGGCUACAAACCCUCCAGUUCUUAAUGAAAGGGAAGUAAAUGAGAUUCUUCAGGCUCACGCAGUGACGCAGGACAGAACUGGAAGACUUGUGGAUAUGGUGCGGAAUAAAGGGGAUCAGGCCAGUUUCAUAAUGAUAUCUGUUUUGGAACAAAGGGACAAUCUGCUCGCCAGAAACCUGGGGCUUCUCACAGACUGCAUUGAAGAAGCCAGAAUGAAUCGGUGGGAUCGCAGCAGUAAUCCCUAAUAUGGCAUUUGGAAGAGGGGAAUCAAAUCGAAAGUUAAACUAACAAGGAGGGUCGACUUUAGACUGUAGAAGAACAUGGACCCAAUUUUCUACAACAUAUUUUCUUUCCCAGAGCAGCCACACCAAAACGAAUUUAAUGUUGCUCAGUUGAAAAGAUUAUGUCUGUGUGAAUCAUUUAUUACUAAAUGACAAAUAAAACACACUUUAGCAACCUGA